UAAAAGAGGAAAUGAUACCUUACCCCACCAUCUCACCAUCUUUAAUCCAACCCCCGAGAAAUUCCUCUUGCUUUUGCAUACGAAAAACAGUGAAUUAACUCCAUUUCAUUCAAAAUUUUCAAAGCUUCACAUCUCUCUCUGCCUCUUUCCUCUCACUCAAAGCUGUAAAAUAGGUGCACGCCUUUACACUUUCUCACUCUUUCUAUACAUACUGUACUAGUAAUGGCUUUUGCCUCCUCCAACUUCUCCCUUAUUACCACCACCUCCGCUUCCCUUUUAACUCUCUUCUUCCUCAAUAAUAACCUCGUUUGCUUUUUUUCGUAAUCAUGGAUUAUCUUUGUUGCAAUGCAGAGUCUGCCAUUGCUGCUUGCGAUCCUUACAAUAAUAGUAAAAGAUCGUCAAAUAAACCCGUUAAACUCAGAGACUUCACAUAUCAUCAGUUAGUGAAAGCUACCAAUGGCUUCUCUGCAGACUGCUUUCUUGGCAAAGGCAGUCAUGGGACAGUUUACAAAGCCAACCUCGACGAUGGCAAACUUAUAGCAGCCGUCAAGAAAACGUACCCAACCCCAUCAACAACCAACCAUAGUAACUGCUCCACAUGCACUUCUCCAGCAGAGAACGAGAUCGAGAUUCUUUCAAGAAUCCAACACCCGCGUCUUGUCAAUCUCAUUGGCUACUGCACGGACAGGAAACUCCUCGUAGUAGAAUAUAUGCAAAACGGUUCUCUAUACUCUCUUUUACACUGCUGUCCCAGGCCGCCCGGUUGGACCAGGCGGGUCCGCUACGCCUUACAAGUAGCAAAAGCGGUUCAUGCAUUACACACCGCCCACCCGCCAGUCAUUCACAGAGACGUAAAAUCGUCUAAUGUGUUAAUAGACGACAAGUGGAGAGCACGGUUAGGAGAUUUUGGUCUGGCGUUGAGAGGGCACGUGGAGGAUGUACGCGUAAAAUGUACACCGCCAGCAGGGACGUUAGGGUAUCUUGAUCCUGGAUAUCUGGCUCCUGCCGAUUUAAGUACUAAGAGUGAUGUAUUUAGUUUUGGGAUCUUGCUUUUGGAGAUUAUUAGUGGUAGAAAUGCUAUUGAUGUUAAUUAUAGUCCUCCUAGCAUUGUUGAAUGGGCGCUUCCUUUGAUAAAGAGAGGAGAUUAUUCUAUCAUUUGCGAUCAUCGAAUUGGGUCUCCGGUGGAUCCCGGAAUUAUCAAGAUCUUGGCUGUUUUGGCUGCCAGGUGUGUAAGAUCCACGGCGGAGAAGAGACCUGGAAUGGCCGAGGUAGUAGAAGGGUUGAAAUUUGUCAGCAAGAGAGUUCACGCGCCGCUACUAUGGAAUCGUUUGAGGAUGCGCGUAGGAGAGACGCGGCAGUUUGAUCCGGCGAUCGAUCCAAAUGAAGAGAUCGUUAAUAUUAAUGGUAAUGUUAAUACUGCUAAGACGGGUAGGAGUGGAAGUAGGAGAAACAGGAAAGUUUCGAGUGUAGAGUAUGGGAAUGAAGUGAAUGGUUGUUCGGUUGGCGAGCGGGUAUUGAGAUCAAAAUCCACUGGGUCUUUUGGGGAGAUCACAAUGAAUGGGUCUGAUUAUUACAGGAGGAAGGCGGGAGGAGUAGCAGUCAGGAUUCCAGUGGUGAAGCUAAGCAAGUCUAGGUCAAUGGGUGUGUUGCAAAGUCCAAAGCUUCCGCAAUAUUACAGCAACAAUAGAAGAGGUCUUAUAUUCGAAAAAAUUGGGAGAGAUUUUGAUUCAAGAGAAAUUGAAUCCUCUGUUUCAAAGAUGUCCAUUGGAUUUGAUGAAAAAUCAGAGCUACGGAUGCAAGAGAAGCCAUUGGUUUCAAUCUGAUCUCAGAUUGUUUCAAGUUCUGAAAUAUCCCCUGACCUGCGCAUUCAGAAAAAUUACCUUUCGAGGCCCUGCUCUAAGCAUAAAAAUUUGCCUGCUACGACGCAAUCUAAAGUUUUCCCAUUCUUUGAAAUGGGAGAGAGUUGGAUCAUGACAUUCCUCUUUACAUGUCAUGUUGUGAGUUGAUGAAUUUUUCAGUAUCUGACCCAAAUGGGUUUAUGGUUUUUUUUUUUUUCUCUUUUUCUGUAUUAAUCUUUGAGGAUUCAUCAACUGACAACAGAUCAGCUUUAGGAGAUGUCACGAUAUCAGUCCAUCUUCACUCCAUUCUAACGAUUCUCAAUUUGCAUCAGGAUUGCUUCUUUUCAUAUUUUUAUUACAAUGUACUACCAACACUGGUUUGUAAACAAUUUUCUGAACUUUUCAGAAGCAUGUAUACCUCCA